AGGCAGCGCCACGUCUCGGGCUGGAGCCGGCGCCGGGCGGGCGGCCCCAGACGAUGCAGCUCCUUGGUGAUUACAACUUUGGCUGCAAGCUGUUUCCAUGAUGUGGAGUUAGCAGCUGCCUGCUGCACGCCAACAGCUCUACAGCUCAGAACUGUGUUCCUGUGUGACAUCUUGAUGCUGUUCUUGCUGAUGGAGAGAAACAGGACUUGGUAGUUCACUUGGUGGCAAAUUGUUGAGAAGAAGAACUUCCAGGGAUCUGGAUCAUUUUUACCAUGGACUCCUCAUCUGUGCAGCAGGAUGUUCACUUGGAGAGCAGAAGCAGUAUUGGGGCUCCCAGCAGCUCUGAAGAACUUUUGGAUUGUAAAGCCAAGUCACAGCUAGCUACUACAGAUGAAAUUAACACUACCAGUAAUAACAUCAAUGAAGUGCCAAAUGAAGAGGGAAGUCUGGAGAUAAACAGCAAAGUGGAUGCCUGCCAGAAUGGGCCAGAGUCGCUCUGCCCCGACUCUCCUGUGUCUUUUGAUCCUACCAGCAGUGAGCAGGGUGAAGAGUCAUCCCCAGGUGUGACUGGUUUCCAUGACAGCCUAAGGAAGUCUCAGGGAACUAGUGCUGAGGGCGUAGCUCUUAGAAAAGAAGCUUUGCAGUCUCUCAAACUAAGUCUUCCCAUGCAAGAAACUGAAUUGUGCUCAGUAGAGUCUUCACUGCCAUUGGAAAAUGAAGAACAAAUCAGACUUCAGGCAAGAAGGCGUCUGGAAGAACAGCUCAAACAAUACCGAGUGAAGAGACACCAAGAAAGAUCGAGUCAGUCUACAUCCAAAACCCGUCCCUCCAGCACCCUCGAUCCUGAGCUGAUGUUAAAUCCAGAAAUCCUGCCAAGAGCCAGCACUGUAGCAAUGACAAAAGAAUACUCCUUUUUGCGGACCAGCGUUCCCAGGGGGCCAAAGCUGGGUAGCUUGGGCCUUCCAUCAUCCUCAAAAGAAAGAAGAAGCUCAAAAUCUAAGGCCAGCAAGAUCCGAUCCUUGGCUGACUACAGAACUGAAGAUUCAGAUGCUCGAAAUGCUGCUGGGAAUUCUGUGGCUAGUGACUUACCUGGGGGGGCUCUGAUGCAAAGCAGAAGUGGUCCAACAUCAGUUGUUUCUGAGAUCAGUCUGCCUUCUGACGUGGAUGAUCGAGUAGAGAAUUCCUCCUUGGCAGGAGACAGCAUUUCAGAGAUUGACGGGAGUGAAGUGGGAAUGAGGCUGGACGGAAAUGAGAGCGACAGCUCUACCUACAGCAGUGUGUCAGGGAAAGGGCUGUAUAGCAGUUCACAGAAUGCAGAAGGCAAGCAGGAUGCUCCAUAUACAAUAAAUGGCCAGAAGAUUCAUCCUGAAGCAAUGGGGCAAUUUCCUUCCAUCAGUGAGGUGCUGCAGGCUGCAGCAGUGGAGCAUCAAGCCCAAGAGCAAGAAGUUAAUGGAGAGGUGCGGAGCAGGAGAGACAGUAUUUCUAGCAGUGUUUCUAUGGAAAGCUCUAUCGCAGGAACUCAUGACGAGAUGUUGCAGGUUAUGAAGGAGAAGAUGAGACUUGAAGGGCAACUAGAAGCACUCUCACUAGAAGCUAAUCAGGCUCUCAAAGAGAAGACUGAGCUACAAGCCCAACUUGCAGCUUUGAACAUGAAGCUUCAGGCACAGAUGGAACACAGCCAAAACAGCCAGCAGAAGCAGGAAUCCCUGAGCUCAGAAGUGGCCACAUUAAAGCAGUCUUGCUGGGAUCUGGAACGAGCAAUGGCUGACCUGCAAAAUGCCUUGGAAGCAAAGAAUGCCAGUUUGGCUUCUUCAAACAAUGAUUUGCAGUUAGCAGAAGAGCAGUACCAGAGACUCCUGCAGAAGGUUGAAGAUAUGCAAAAAAAUGUUCUCACCAGAGACAGUACAGUUCAUGACCUGCGACAGCAGUUGGCUUCCUUGCAGACCCAGCUUCAGAAGGUGCAGCUGGAGCGGACCACGCUGACCAACAAGCUGAAGGCAUCUGAAACAGAAAUCACAUCUCUCCAGAAUGUGAGGCAGUGGUACCAGCAGCAGCUGGUCCUGGCACAGGAGGCCCGUGUCAGGCUGCAGAGUGAGAUGGCCAACAUACAGGCCGGGCAGAUGACUCAAGCAGGGAUGUUGGAACAUCUCAAACUAGAGAAUGUGGCCCUUUCUCAGCAGCUGACUGAAACCCAGCACAGGUCCAUUAAAGAAAAGGAACGUAUUGCAGCACAACUACAAAAUAUUGAGGCUGACAUGUUAGAUCAAGAAGCUGCCUUCAUGCAGAUCCAGGAGGCUAAAACCAUGGUGGAAGAAGACUUGCAGAGAAAACUAGAGGAGUUUGAGGAUGAGAAAGAACAGCUUCAGAAAAUGGCUGAUUCUGCAGCAACAUUGGAGCAAGAAUUGGAACAGGCCAAGUUGACUUUGCAUCAGCGAGAUCUGCAGCUUGAAUCCUUGCAGCAAGAACACCUCGACCUGAUGAAGCAAUUGACUCUAACCCAAGAGACACUGCACACCAAAGAGCAGUCCCUGGAUGACCUGCAAACACAGUAUGAUGAACUGAAGGCCAGGCUAGAAGAGUUCCAGAGUGAUGCUGCUUCUAAAGAUGACACGAUCCAGUAUUUGCAGAAUGAGAAGAUCGUGUUGGAAGUCGCUCUGCAGGCAGCAAAAGCAAGUAAAGAGCAACUUGAUGAAGGAGCAACACGUCUUGGAGAAGAUACAGAAGUAACAUCACAGAUCUUGGAGCAGCUGAAGCAAGAAAUGGCAGUCAAGUCAAGCCAGGUGGAAAAUCUGCAACAAGAAAAUGCCAGCCUCAAAAAACAGCUUCAAAAAGUAAAGGAACAGUUCCUGCAGCAGAAGGUGAUGGUGGAAGCUUAUCGAAGGGAUGCGAGUUCCAAGGACCAGCUCAUCAGUGAGCUGAAAGCGACAAAGAAGCGGCUGGACUCGGAACUGAAGGAGACAAAACGAGAGCUGCUGAAAAUCCGAACUGAAAAACAGUCACUCGAAUCUGAGCAUUCAAAACUACAGAAAGAAGUAUCUCAGGUUCACCAGCAGAUGGUGGAAAUAGAAAAUCACCUCCAGUCAGUGCAGAAAGAGCGAGAUGAUAUGGAAACACGCCUACAGUCUUUGCAGUUUGAUAAGGAACAAAUGGAAUCUCUUGCUGAGGCAAAUCAGGCAUUAAAACAACAAGUAGAACAAAUGCAAGAAGAAGCAAAAAAGGCCAUUACAGAGCAGAAACAGAAAAUGAAGCGUCUCGGGUCAGACCUGACGAGUGCUCAGAAAGAGAUGAAAGCAAAACACAAAGCCUAUGAGAAUGCAGUCAGCAUUCUCAGUCGGAGGCUGCAGGAAUCUCUUACUGCAAAGGAAUCUGCUGAGGCAGAACUGAGCAAACUAAAAGCACAAAUAACUGAUGGUGGGAAUGACCAGAUUGCUCAGGAGAAGAUUCAAGCUCUAAAGACAGAACUGCGAGCUGUGAACAGCAGUAAGUUGAUGCUGGAAAAAGAGUUGCAAGAAGUGAUUUCACUGACAAGCCAGGAGCUUGAAGAAUACAGAGAGAAAGUGCUGGAACUUGAAGAUGAGCUUCAGGAAUCUAGAGGCUUCAGGAAGAAGAUAAAACGUUUAGAAGAAAUUAAUAAGAAGUUGGCCCUUGAACUGGAACAUGAACGUGGAAAACUUACAGGUCUCAGCCAGUCCAACGCCGCUCUGCGGGAGCACAAUAAUAUCCUCGAAACAGCAUUAGCAAAAAGAGAGGCAGACUUGGUACAACUGAAUCUACAGGUUCAGGCAGUCCUAAAGCGGAAAGAGGAAGAAGAUCAGCAAAUGCAACAACUUAUUCAAGCUUUACAGGCUUCCCUAGAGAAGGAAAAAUUAAAAGUUAAAGACCUUCAGAAGCAGGAAGCAGCAGCCAAAGCAGAUGCAGCCCACAACCGGCGACACCACCGGGCAGCGAUGCUCGAGCUCAGUGAGAUCAAGAAGGAGCUCCACGCCAAAGAGCUGCUGGUCCAGGCCCUGCAGGCUGAGGUGGACAAGCUGCAGGUAGAGGAUGAAAAACAUUCCCAGGAAGUAUCUCAGUUUCAGCAAGAGCUGGCAGAAGCCAGAUCUCAGCUCCAAGUUCUGCAGAAAAAUCUGGAUGACAAACUUAGUGAACAGCCUCUAGUAAGCCAAGAGGUGGAAGACCUGAAGUGGGAAGUAGAACGAAAAGAAAGAGAAAUUGAAACACUUAAGCAGCAGCUGGACAUGACUGAACAGCGCAGCCACAAGGAGUUAGAGGGGAUACAAGUUGUCUUGCAGAACAUCAAGACUGAGUUGGAAAUGGUGAGGGAAGACCUGUCAGUGACUCAGAAGGAUAAGUUUAUGCUGCAGGCUAAAGUGACUGAACUGAAGAACAGCAUGAAGUCACUGCUGCAGCAAAACCAGCAGCUGAAGUUGGACCUGAAGCAUGGCAAGAUGAAGAAGAGGAAAGAACUGAAAGGUGAGAAUAACUCUUCCAAUCCUGUGACUCCAGUCAAGAUUCCUGAUUGUCCAGUGCCUGCUGCCUUGCUGGAAGAACUGCUGAAACCAACAGCUGUGAGCAAGGAGCCUCUAAAGAAUCUGAACAGCUGUCUCCGGCAACUGAAGCAAGAGAUGGACAGCCUUCAGCGGCAGAUGGAGGAACACACCAUUACAGUACAUGAAUCAAUGUCUUCAUGGACUCAGAUUGAGGGCAAGUUAAUGGACCUUACUUCUACAAGUCCUACAACUGCAUCAGACCAGCAGGAGACUCCUACUGCAGAUGAAAAGAAAGAGAAUUGUAGUGUUAGUGACAAGGAAGCUUUGACACUAUAACCUCUCCUUAUCAGUUGUCUUUCUUCCUAUUGCUUUAAGUAUAUAAACAAAUCUUUAUAAAAAUUAUUUAUUUCAUUUUUUAAAAUGGUGUUCAGAGUUGUGCUUUUGCCUAUAGAAGCAAAGGGCACUGAUUUGAGAAACUGAUGGAGUAGUAAAUGUAGAAUGUGCUAUUCUAAGGGUUUGUUUGAAACCUUGCCAUAGCAAUUCUGUCAUGUUGGGUACUGCCAAGUGGUGAAUCUAGCUCAUUUGAGGGUUUAGUAAGAGAUUCCAGAUAAAGGUUUAAAAUGAGGUCAAGAGGAGCAUCUGGUUUCAGCUAUGUAAUUGUUCAAUCUGGGUGAGUUUGUUAAGGAAUUACUGUUAAUUAUGUAACAUCUACGUUUUCUUGUUUGGGUUUGUUUUUUCUUUAAUUUGUGGGAGUCGGAUGUAUUUUUUCCCCCAU